CACUUCCGAGCCGCUUGUUUCCCGCCCUCUUCGCUGUAUCUGUUACAUUCUUUCGCAGUUUGUAUCAAAGCAGAAGGGAGGAGAGGAGCCCGUCACUUUGUUCCCGUCAUCAGUAACAUCAAUAAACAGCAGAAAUGGCAGAAGCCCAUCAAGCUGUGGCAUUUCAGUUCACUAUCACUCCAGAAGGGAUCGACCUGCAGCUGUCCCAUCAGGCCCUGAGACAGGUCUAUCUGUCAGGCCUCCGCUCCUGGAAGAAACGUGUCACACGGCUGAAGAACAAUGUGAUCACUGGUGUGUAUCCCGCCAGCCCGUCCUCAUGGCUGUUUGUUGUCAUCGCGAUCUUGGCCACCAUGUACACGCGCUCGGACCCUUCCAUGGGCCUCAUCGCUAAAAUCCAGGAACAUCUGCCGGUCAGUGAUUCUCUGAGCAUUCAGUGUCGGACGGUGGUUUCUGCCGUAUUGUUCAGCACUCUGCUCUGGUUCUCGCUGAUCUUCACCAUGAGGCUUUGCCUGAAGCAGUUACUGUCGUAUCACGGCUGGAUGUUUGAACAGCACGGGAAAGUGUCCAACACCACCAAAAUCUGGGCGGCCAUGGUCCGGAUCUUCUCAGGCAGACAGCCUCUAUUGUACAGCUACCAAGGAUCUUUGCCUAACUUACCUGUUCCAGCAGUGAAGGACACUGUUAAGAGGUAUCUGGAAUCUGCGCGUCUAUUGAUGAGCGAUUCUGAAUAUGAGAGGAUGACGACUCUGGCCAAGGAGUUCGAGAGCAGUCUGGGAAACCGCCUGCAGUGGUACCUCAAACUGAAAGCCAUGUGGGCAUCCAACUAUGUCAGUGAUUGGUGGGAGGAGUAUGUCUACCUGAGGGGGCGUGGCCCACUCAUGGUCAAUAGCAACUACUAUGGAAUGGACUUCCUCUACGUGACGCCUACACCGAUUCAAGCCGCGAGAGCAGGAAACACACUGCAUGCGUGUCUCUUGUACCGCAGGAAACUCAACAGAGAGGAAAUCAAACCUAGCCGUGUGCCAGUUUUAAAUGUUCCUUUGUGUGCCGCUCAAUGUGAGAGGAUCUUCAACACCACACGCAUUCCAGGAGAAGAGACGGACUCCCUGAUCCACUGGCAGGACAGCGAGUAUGUGGCGGUGUUCCACCAAGGCCGUUAUUUCCGCCUGUGGCUGUACCACGCCGGCCGCAUGCUGUCUCCCAGAGAGAUCGAGCAACAGAUUCAGCGUAUAAUGGACGACCCAUCACCCCCGCUGCCCGGAGAGGCCAAACUUGCUGCCCUGACGGCAGGAGACAGAAUCCCUUGGGCUCAGGCCAGGAAAGAGUUCUUCAGCUCAGGAGUGAAUAAAAGGUCUCUGGACUGCAUUGAGAAAGCGGCGUUCUUCGUUGCCCUGGACGACGAUGAGCAAGGCAUGAGGGGAGAUGAUCCUGCCGGCAAUUUGGAUCGCUAUGCCAAGUCCCUUCUGCACGGCAAAUGCUACGACAGGUGGUUUGAUAAGUCGUUCACUGUGGUGGUGUAUAAGAAUGGGAAGAACGGCCUCAAUGCUGAACACUCCUGGGCAGACGCACCUAUAAUGGCUCACGUGUGGGAGUAUGUGAUGACUACUGAUAGUUUCCAGCUGGGUUAUACUGAAGAAGGUCACUGUAAAGGAGACGUGGCCUCCUCCCUGCCUCCACCUACUAGACUAACCUGGGACAUACCUGCAGAGUGUCAGGAGCGUAUCGAAUGCUCUCUCGCUGUGGCACAGGCUCUAGCCGAUGAUGUCGACUUUCAUGUGUUGCCAAUACAAGAGUUUGGCAAGGGCGCCAUCAAAAAGUGUAAAAUCAGCCCGGAUGCCUUCAUUCAGAUUGCGCUACAGUUGGCCUAUUACAGGAAUCGAGGCACGUUCUCUCUGACCUACGAAGCGUCUAUGACGCGUUUAUUCCGCGAGGGCCGGACUGAGACGGUGCGUUCCUGCACCAGCGAGAGCUGCACCUUCAUCAGAGCUCUGGAGGGCGGAGAGAGUAAGGAAGUGUGUCGGCGUCUCUUCAUUACGGCGUCUGAGAAACACCAGCAUCUGUACAGGAUGGCAAUGACAGGAGGAGGAAUAGAUAGACACCUGUUCUGCCUCUACAUCGUGUCCAAAUACCUGGGAGAGGAGUCACCUUUCCUUAAAGAGGUGCUUUCAGAAACAUGGCGUCUGUCCACCAGUCAGACUCCUCUUCAGCAGGUGGAGCUGUUUGAUUUCGUUAACCACCCAGAGUACACCACCUGCGGUGGAGGAUUUGGCCCGGUUGCAGAUGAUGGUUAUGGCGUGUCUUACAUCAUCAUCGGAGAACACAUGAUCAACCUGCACAUUUCUUGCAAACACUCUUGUCCUCAGACUGAUUCUCACAGGUUUGGAGCUGAUAUCAAGAAGGCUUUGGAGGAUCUUCUGGAGCUGAUGUCACCAGAGAAGUCAGACCCGUCCAAAGCUGAGCAGAACCACUCGAAGAAAAGCAAAAAAGACCUGUAGAGGUCGAACAGAACGCCCAUGACGGUCAGAAGAAGACAUGAGGUUGCAUAGAACUAGGAAAUAGCGUGUUUCGUGUAUAUUCGUUUGAAUGCAUGUUUGUCAUUACAUACAAAUAUGCAUUCAUACAUUCCAUGCUUGUUGUACAACUCGAUGCCAUGAAGCCAUGAACAACAUAAUGAUGUAAAAAUGGUGGAAGCUGCUUCGUCUAAAAAGGUAUUAGUUUAAUAAAAUGUAUAAAAGAGCAUUAAAAGCAAGAGGUAGUUUGAUAGCGGAAAGCCUUUUGUGUUUUCCAGAAGGACUAGUCCAUUUAGAUUUAAUUUGGUCCUCAUUUUUAAAUAGAAUGAAGAAUCGAAAUUAUUAGCGUGCAUCACCACCAGGGUGAAGGUAGUCUAAUGGUUAAUGAUCUGAUCAGUUAGCUAAAUGUUUGUAGGUUCAUUAAAAGUAAGCUUGACCGAGGAUCUCAGUAAUGCAUCACCUCUGUACCUUCUGAUGAAGGCACUUCACUGCUCUUACAGUACCAUAAAUCACAUCCCCAUCUGAACUGGAUAUGUUGAGGUGUAAGAAGAACUUGACUUUGGACUCAAAUCCAGUGUCAUUUUACUUGAAUCCCAGAGCAGAAGUAUAUUUAAGAUUUCUGUGACUAAUGACUCAGAAUAUUACAUGUGACUGCAGUUUUAAUGUGAUUGUCCGGAUACAUUGAUGUGUUGAUCUCACUAUUAAGUCUAUUAAUUUUAACUGUUUUUUUUAUUUAAAUGUACGGUCUCUUUCUUUGUUUCUUUUUUACACACAGUCAAGUUAAGAUAAAAUAAUUUAAUAACAAUUCACAAUGUAUUUAGAAAGUUUGAAUACGUCUAAUAGGUCAAAAGAAAGCGAUGCCCGAGAAGAAAUCAUUUACGCCACAACACAUUUCUGUUAUUAUCUCAGGUUUCAAAUGCACAAUUUAACUUUAAAAACAAAUCAAGGCCAGUUAAUUGCAAAUAGUUCCUGUUUACUUGUACCCAAAGAGACGUCUCCUUAACAAAGCUAAUUGUAUAGUAGAAAAUCUGAUAUGAUUUUAAUUCUAAAUGGUGUACUUGGAAUUAAAUGAUAUGGUUAACCUUCUAACGAGCUGAUUAAAUUGCAUUAGGAUGCUUUCAAAGCUAAAUGUGGUCAGUAUUAUUAUGUAUUAAUAAUAAUAAUAAUAAUAAUAAACCAUUUAUACUAAACUUCUAUUUUCAAAAAAGUAGGAAACUUAAGAGUGUGAUUUAAAGGAAAACUUCACUCAAAAAUGAAGAUUUUCUGAGAAUUAACAGGCCAUCCAAGAUGUAGAUGAGUUUGUUUGUUCAUUGGAUUCUGAGAAAUUUAGCAUUGCAUUACUUGCUUGAAUGGGUGCCGUCAGAAUGAGAGUCCAAACAUCGCAAGAAUCCUGAAGUAAUCAACAAGACUGCAAAAGUUGUGUUUGUAAUGAACAAAUUGAUCAAGUUUUUAACUUCAAACAGUUGCUUGCGGCUAAAAUGCGAGUCCAUAAUUGCUUUCUCCAGUUAAAAAAGAAAUCUCAUCUGAAUCAGGAGAGAUAUGCACAGUUUACAAGAAAAGACUGUUGUAAAUAAAUAUGCUGUUAUGGAUUAUAGACUUGUAUUUUAGCCUAAAGUGACGAUUUAUUGUAAAGUUAAAAUGCCUUAAUGGUGGAUUUGUUUCUUACAAACGUGCAACUUUUCGCUUUACAAGAUGUUAAUUGAUGGAGUGGUGUGGAUUAUUGAGAUGUUUUUAUCAGCUGUUUGGACUCUCAUUCUGACGGCACCCAUUCACUGCAGAGCAUCCAUUGGUGAGCGAGUAAUAUAUUGAGAAAUUUCUCCAAAUCUGACGAAGAAACAAACUCGUCUACAUCUUGGUUGGCCUGAGAGUGGAUACAUUUGUAGCUAAUUUUCAUUUUUGGGUGAGCUAUUCCUUUAAGUUACUGACAGAAUAAUGAAACGAAAACAUCAGGUAUGAUCAUAUAAAUAAAUGGAUUGAUUAUAGUUAAGAUGCAGGUUAAUACUAGAACCACUAUAUGAGUGUGAACAAUUGUUGCAUUAGAACAUAACACCAAAAGCUAUUACAUUUGUGAAGGACAUGAAGAUGUUGACUGGUUUUACAGCUAAAUGAAUAACAUACGCUCAUCAACAUCAAACAUGUACAAUCACUAUACAGUCUGCAUUAAUGUGUUAUUUCACUAGGAUGUGUUUUUGCUGAAGGCCCUUUUGCUUCACUUGGCCGGACUGAGAGCAAGGGCUUCUAAACUUCCUUGUAGUUUUUCCAUUUUGUCUUUGCAAUCCGUUGGCAGCUCUACUCUUUAUUAUCUCUGUUAUGCCCUCAUAUUUGGCAUUUUAAACGAUAUAAAGUUGCCUUUCAAGUUUGCACAAGUAGAUAUGGUCAUUGUGGAAAUAUUAAUAUGUAUACUUCGAAAAGGUCUUAUCGUUUUUUCCUGUACUGCCUAACACUGCUUACACUGUAUCUUUCACUUGAGUGUAAACCUUACUAAAGAAUUUUAUUAUAUUAUUAUUGUCACUGUUCUAAUGAUCAACUUGAAACUGAAAACAGUAGCAAUGCAAGCGUUUGUGUAGUGCUGGUAUUAGUCUGGAGCGGCAGUGUUUUACCUCAUCUGUCUGAUGAAUGUUGAAUCAUCCGGCGAUCUCUUUCUUUUCUCCCGGGCCAGUACUGUACUCUGUAUCUGCCUGACUCUUUCUCUGAUUAGUCUUUGGUUUCAGACUAUCUGUACACCGCAGAGCUUUACACUUUAUCUCUUACUCUGGCAAUCUGUCAUUCCUUGACGUUUUGUAUGUGAAUGAAAAGGAAGAGACAACAGGUCACUUUUUUUAAUUAAAAUUGUUCAAGCACACAAGUGUUUGUGGUUUUAUUAUAAUGCUUGCUCAUCUAAACACGAGACCCAAAUGUGUAUUUUUGUUUCAUUUUAUUUCCACUUCUUGAUCUCCUUCCUCCUUUUGUCAUUACCACACUGGAUUUGUUUACUUUGACUUUGUUCGAUCAGCUGUCAUUUUGUUUGUCCUUUAUUUUAAAUUUGCCUGUUUGUUAUUGUUUAUUAUUUUUCCUUUAUUGCUUUAGUAGAUUUCGUAGUGUUACCUUGACCUGAAAAAUGUGUAGAUUAUCUUAUAUCCAUUUGUGUAGACUAAUAGUAAUUUAUGCAUUUUUUUUUUCCCCCCUCUCUUGAAUUAUCCAUCCACACGUUUGUGAAUUUGUUGGUCAUUUUUGUUUCAAAGCUAAUUUGGGUAACACUUCAUAAUAACAUUAAUUUAAAAUGUAUUAACAAACCAAAUGCAUUUAUAGAAUGCUUUAAAAUCAUUAGUUCAUGGAUAUGCAAGUAGUUAGAAACUAUAUAAUUUUAUACAUUUUCUUAUGUAUAGAGAAGAGAAGAGUAAAAAAAUAAAAUAAAAAUAAAAAUACACAAUCACGUGGCUGACUUGACCCCUGUAAUACAUCACAAGACAUUAGCAGAAGUGAAUCACAAAAAUGGAAGUUAUUUGUCUUUAACUCAAUGUUUUUGAAUAGUUCUGUUUCUUGAAGAUGUAUCAGUAACUUAGCAUUGAGCAAUAUGUAGUUUCAUUUGUAAAAUCACAGGUAAAAUUAACAUAGCGCAUACAUUUAACAAUAAGAUGUGAGAACAUAUUCAUGGAAACGUUCAUAUUGUCAUAGUUUAAUUUCUAGGACAGGGGAAAAAUGCAUGAUGUACAAAUCUUGUAGUUAAUUGAGCAAAUGUAUCCCUGCUCAGUCUGUGGUGUGAUGGUUUGACAGAAAUGCACAAUAAUAUCAAUCACCUCAUGUAGCAGUUAUUGUGUGAUUGUGCUUUGGCUAUAGGCUUAGUACUAAUUUAUCAAGUCUGUAUUUUGUUUGUCGCUUUUGAAAAUCUCGUUUAUUAAUAA